AUGUAGAACAGGCCCCAGCACAACUGGAGCAUCCUCAGUGGAAGGAGCAACAUGAAGUGCUUAGCAAUUCUCUUCGCUCUUGUGGCUCUUUCUGAAUGUCUUGUUCAGGUUCCCCUGAGGAAAGGAGAGAAACUUAGAGAUAUUCUCAGGAAGAAAAAUUUGCUGGGAAGCCUUCUUCGAGAUCAUCAUUAUGACAUUAAUACUAAGUAUACCAAACAUUCUUCAUUUGUUUUCAAUCCUGCUCAGCUGGCUGAUGAACCACUGAUGAACUUCUUAGAUACAGAGUAUUUUGGAACAAUCUACAUUGGAACACCACCACAGAAAUUCACUGUUGUAUUUGACACUGGAUCAUCAAAUCUCUGGGUACCUUCUAUUUUCUGCAACAGUUCAGCAUGUGAAAAACAUCAGCGGUUUAACCCAAGCCUUUCUUCUACUUAUGUGAGCACAGAUCAGACCAUGUCCAUUCAGUAUGGAACAGGAUCGAUGGAAGGCAUGUUAGGAUAUGACACAGUGAAGGUGUCCAGCUAUAUUGAUACCCAUCAACCAUUUGGCAUAAGCACCGAAGAGCCAGGAAACAUUUUUACCUACUCAGAGUUUGAUGGGAUUCUGGGCUUAGCCUAUCCUUCUAUUGCCGUUGACCAAGCAACUCCUGUCUUUGAUAAUAUGAUGAAUGAAGGUUUAGUGCAACGAGACUUGUUUUCUGUUUAUCUCAGCCGAAAAGCGUCUGGGAGCAUGAUCACUUUUGGCGGAAUAGAUCAUUCUCAUUAUACUGGUUCAAUUCACUGGAUUCCUGUUAGUGAACAAGCAUACUGGCAGAUUUCAAUGGACAGUGUUUUAGUGAACGGCCAGAAGAUUGCCUGCCAGGAUGGUUGUCAAGCAAUUGUUGAUACAGGUACCUCCCUCUUGACUGGUCCGCCAACUGCCAUAAAUAACAUCCAAAACGCCAUUGGAGCUACUCAGGGGCAGUAUGGUCAGUAUACAAUCAACUGCAACAAUCUCUCCAAUAUGCCUGAUGUUGUUUUUGUGAUCCACGGAGUCCACUAUCCACUGAAGCCAUCAGCCUAUACUCUGCAGCUGGGAUCAGGCUAUUGCAGCAGCGGAUUCCAACCAAUGGGUGGGAAUCUCUGGAUCCUAGGAGAUGUGUUCAUAAGAGAAUACUAUAGCAUUUUUGACAGAGGCAACAAUCGAGUUGGGCUGGCAAAGGCAAUCUAGAAAAAUGCUACUCUUUACAACAGUGAAUACUGUAUCUGUUUAAUCAACACAUCCAGUUGUGCUUUAACUUCACAGCAAUGUACUGAGCUAUCUCUAGUUGUGUCCUUUUAAGCAUAAUAGCUGAUAUAUUUCAAGAUACCUUGCAAAUGAUAGCAUUAUUUGGGUAUGUCUGACCACCACUGCAUGCAAAAAAUAAAUAAUAUCUUGUUCCAAA